CUUGAGGGAAUUUGGGGGUAGCAACGUCAGAUCAAGCGAGGUUGGAUGGUGUCUUGAUCGUGGCACAUGAGGGGGUGUAUACGUGGUUGGGCAGGAGGUGGCGGUAGAGUAGAAUCGAGGGUGGAGUGUGACGGAUUGGUGCGCGCUCGUUACAAUAUUGGGUUACAUUACUUCUUGCCAACAUCGACGGUGUGGCAUGGAGAUGCCGCCAUUGCGGACACUUUGAACGUGAGUGAUUGUGAAGACUUCAUUGGGGACGUGCGACGACGUAUUCGUUGGCAGCUACUGCGAAAUGGGCAGUUGGGGGUCCGAAAUCAGUGCCUGCACAAAUUCAGCAGGGGUUACGGUCGUGGUAACAGGAGCUACCAACCUCGUGCGUUCUUAACACGAGAACAUGUUGACUUCAUCGAGAAAUUAAAGUUGAAAGACGUGGUGGAGGAAGCGCGUAAGAAGGACCUGGAGAAGAUUGCCAGAUUACGAGGACUUGGAUGGGAGGUUGAGGAGAAAAAAGGUAAAGUACCUGACACCGGAGUAGAAAUGCAAGGUAAAGGGAAAAACAAGAAGCAAGGUGGAAAAGACAAAGGGAAAGGGAACGUUGAUGAGGUAGGGAAGGAGGAGGAAAUGAAGAAGUGGAUAGCCUCAAACUUUGGAGGUUCUAUGAGGAUACUGUCUGAGAAACUUGAGGAAGUAGAGAAGAAGUCGAGUUUAAAGAUGGCUGAGAUGGAAGAGCUGAAAAUGCUGAGAGCAGAAAAAGAGAUGAGAGAGUUGAGAGAAAAUUCGAGCUCUGAAAAAAAGAAAAGGGAUACUGGGUCUCCGGCAAAAAGGAAAGGGAAGGUCAGAUCACGUUCAAACCUGCUGAGAAAAACAGGUAGAAAAGCAAAGCCAGUUGAAGUAUCUUCGGACGAAGGCAGCAAGGGUCAGGACGCAGUGGUGCAGAAUCUUAGCAAGAUACAGGAACUGUGCAAGAAGAAGGGGGUACCAUACAAGCGGAAAGAGGCUGGGGUAUGGGAGCUAGCCAGACUUGACUUUGAGGUGCUAUUGAAGAUGGAGAAGACAGUGGAGGAGCAGGAUGACAUUGAUGAUGAGAAGGUGAGCGAAGGAUCAGAGGACUCAUCGGAAAGCGGUUCCAGCUCAGAUGAAGAAGCCCAGGACGACGACAUAGCGGGAAACUGAAGCAUGCCAGUAAGCGUGCACUGUUGAGAGUUUGUAAGAAACUGGCCGGUUGGGCCAGUCACUACGAAGGGAGUAUCAGUUGUGAAAUUGGGAAUGUUUCAAAACAUUGUGCCUUACAUGUG